UGUCUUUUCAUUCCAGCUUUUCUUUCAUUUACUGCUUCCACAUUUCUAGCUACUUUAGCUAGUGGGCUUUUAAUCCUCUUAACGCACUUGCUUCCCCUGUUUUUGUUUUUUUUUUCUUCUAUCAGAGCCCCCGAUUUGACUUCCGAGAUCGACAACAAUGGCAAUAACGGCUUCCACGCUGCUGAUCGUCGUCGUCUUCGUCCUCGAUGUCGUUGCAUUCUCUCUCGCCGUUGCAGCGGAACAGAGGCGCAACACCGGAAGGCUGGAAACUGACGUGAACAACAAUGGGCACUGCGUUUACGAGUCGGAUAUAGCGACGGGGUUGGGGGCCGGCGCGUUGGUGCUGUUGCUAGUGAGUCAGCUCCUGUUCAUGGCGGCGACUCGGUGCUUGUGCUGCGGGAGAGCAAUGAGGCCCAGCAAGUCCAGGUCAUUGGCCAUUGCCCUCUUCGUCUCCACUUGCAGGGUGUUCUUCAUCAUUGCGGAGGUGUGCUUACUGGCCGGCGCAAUCCGCAACGCCAAGCACACGGUGUACCUGACGAAUUCCUUCUCUUGCAAGGCGUUGAGGAAAGGGAUUUUCGGCGCCGGAGCUGCUUUCAUUGUUUUCACCGGGAUCGCGUCGGAGUUGUACUACAUCAACCAUUCCAAGGCCAGCGACGGCAUGCCUUCCGUCGCCAGAGACGCCGGCGUCACCAUGGGGCGGCUGUAGUAUGAAAAUCACUCGUACAUACUCAUGUGAACUUGGUAGAAAGAGGACAGGGUGGUGCGGGGUUACAUUAGGUGUAUUUCAAUGGUAUUUGAAAAAUUUUGUAAUUUAAAUUCGUCGUUUGUAUACUCAUAUGUGAUUCAUUGGUAUUUUAAAUUUUAGAUUAUUUAAAUUUUAAAUUUUCUGUUCACAA